UCAGUCUGAAUAUUCUUCAAUAUUCUUGUUAUUGAUUUUCCAAAAUGUCUUUUUUGUCGACUUUAAACCGUGUCGUAUUUAAACGCACAUCUACUUUUGCACUUGCUGUGGCCUCAGGAACAUUCUUCUUCGAAAGAGGAUUUGAUGUAAUCUCUGAAUCUUUAUUCGAGAGUAUAAACAAGGGAAAACUAUGGAAGGAUAUCAAGGACAAAUAUGAGGAAUAAAUAGUAACCAAAUUAAAAUAAAUUAGUUUAUUUGUUAAAUAAAUGAUUAAAUUAAAUUA